AAAAUUAAUUAAAAGUUUUUGCUGUUAAAUAAAUAAUAAUUGUUAGAGAAAUACCAAGGAUAAAAUCCGUAUAUAGCAACUGGUUGCAGUGACUAGUAGUAGCAGCUCGAAAAAACAUCAAACACUAAAAGUUCACAUUUUGAAAAAUCGGCUGUGUCCAAAACCGCAUACCGCAUGCAUUUGAAAAAGUGUGCAUUUGCAUUUUAUGUGAUCGAAAUAUGAUACAUAUAUCGAUGCAAAACAUCCAAUAUUUGUAUAUGUAUUGUUGUUAUUACUGCUAAUAAUAUAUAUUUAUUAAACAUCAUGAUUUUUCUCGUGACCAUCAUGCAAGUACUUUUGAUAGCAUUCAACCUAUUUCCCAGUCGAUUCACGAAUCGAAAAGUGCUGUUCCUCGUUUACCUCACAAAUCUCGUAACACAUGUUAUGAUGAACGAACCGCGCUUUGCUCAGCCAAUACCCAAUGUGACGGUAGCUGUAGGACGUGAUGCAAAUUUGCCAUGUGUCGUGGAACAUUUAGGCGGCUAUAAGGUGGCUUGGAUACACAUCGAUAGACAAAUGAUUUUGACUAUACAUCGACAUGUCAUCUCGAGAAUACCACGCUACAGUAUCACAUAUGACAAUGCAAACACUUGGCUCUUGCAUGUGAAUCAGGCACAUCAAGAUGAUCGUGGCUACUAUAUGUGUCAAGUGAAUACAAAUCCCAUGAUAAGUCAAGUCGGCUACUUGCAAGUUGUUGUGCCUCCGAACAUAUUGGAUAUUGAGAGCACUCCAUCUUCGGUUGCUGUACGGGAAAAUCAAAAUAUCAACAUGACGUGCCGAGCGGACGGUUUCCCAACACCAAAAAUAAUAUGGAGGCGAGAAGAUGGCGAGGAGAUUGCAGUCGAAAAAAAGAAAAAAGUUUUGGUGUAUGAUGGCGAAGUGCUACCGUUGACUAAAGUUAGCCGCAAUGAGAUGGGUGCUUACCUUUGUAUAGCAACGAAUGGCGUUCCACCCUCCGUAUCGAAGCGCAUUAUACUGGAUGUUGAGUUUUCGCCCAUGAUUUGGGUGCCAAAUCAACUUGUGGGAGCUCCAGCUGGCACCGAUGUCACCAUUGAUUGUCAUACCGAAGCACAUCCUAAGGCUAUUAUUUAUUGGGUUUAUAACUCUGUCAUGGUGUUGCCGAGCAAGAAAUAUAAAACGGAUUACGCGGAAAACUCGUACAGAGCACAUAUGAAACUAACGAUAAGAAAUUUGCAAUAUGGAGACUUUGGUAACUACCGUUGCAUCUCAAAGAACUCCCUGGGGGAAACGGAAGGAUCGAUACGUGUUUAUGAAAUACCUCUGCCUUCAACGCCGUCUAAGCAAGUGACUCAUUCCACUGUCGAGACUAGAGAGAGCAACAUGAUUCUUGGGACGCGUAAUGAUUCAGUUAAAGGAUUACAGACUGAUAUGUAUGGUACGAAAAAUGAGAUUUUUACAGGCUCAGGUGUUGCAGGAAUACCAUCGUCGUCUUCCAUGUCAUCGUCGUCGUCAUCUCAUGCAUCUACUGCAUCAGUCGCUUCAAUAGCUGGAAAUGGCUUAUCGGCCUUUGGUUCUGUUGGCAAUGCAAUCGAUCGUAAAGGUUCACUGGCGAUAGGCAAAAGUAUGUUUUAUACUGAACAUCCACCUAAUGAACUGGGCAGUUCGGCCUUCCCUCUCCGACAACCAACGAAUUUUUUACCAAUUUUUGUUUUCAUAUUUUUAUUACUUGGAAGUCUUCUAUGAAUCAAAUUGAUUUGCUAUUUAAUGUAAAACAAAACAAAACAAAACCAAAAACAAAAAAAAAGAAGAAGAUAUUAAAGAAAGACUAAAACACGAAAUUAUACAUGCCAUAUAUAGCAAUGUUAGCGAUAGACAUUAAAUAAAAAAAAUAAAAAAUAUAUAAAAAUUACUUAUAUAAUAAUCUGUGAGGUUUGUACACACGACACUUAGGCUAUAAGUAGGUAAAAUUGAGGACAAAACUAAAAUAAAUAAAUAAAUAAUAUAUAUAAAUAUACCUAUGUAUAAAUGUAUAUAUAUAUAUAUAUAUAUCUAUAUGUAUGUACUUUGUUAUGUACGUAUUUAGUUUAGUCAAUAGUUAAGAAAAAUUCAAGCGAAAUGCAAAAAAAAAACAAAAAAACAAAAAAAAAAUUGUUAAAUUCUCCGCAAUGGAUAAAUAAUUAACUGCUCAACACAGAACAAAGAUAUGCCUAUUUUAGAAGUGUUCUGUUAGUAGCUUAAUAGACGUAUUUCACGUUUUAAUAGCGCCCUAGACCAAUACGACUUAAGCUAUGUCCGUUCAUCUGUCUGUUGACAAUGGGAAAAAUUUAAUUUUUAAAUGAAAUUCUUAGAGUUAUUCGAAGCCUGACAUAACGAGACGGGCCGUUCUCAAAAAUAUUUUUACUUAACAGAGCCUCAUUUACGGGACAAUAAGCAUAUCAUAAUCGUUUAGAAUUAAUUACAUUUGCAUGUACAUAUAAAGCAAGAUAUAUUAGAAUAAAAUAAUAAUGAUUUAAUUUUGUGCAUUUCGACUCUGCACUUAGUGACUUUAAAAAGAAUUCUCGACACCUAAUGAGACCCCUUUAGCCAACAUCGUCCAUUGAUCCACUGAUUUUUUAAAUAUAUAAAACAAAUUAAGGAAAAAAAAAAGAAGAAAAACAUUGGUCGCUUAAAUAAUAUGUUGCACGUGUGAAAAUUAGUUGAUCAAUCUGCCCUCAAGUUCUUUGAAAUUGGUUUAAAGGCUUGCGUCUGUACUCGUUCUUUGACACAAGAAUUAACGACUAUACCAAAAAUAUUGAUAUCUUUGAAUUGAAUUCCGCCAAGUUUUAAGUCAUUCAUUGUUUAGGGAGGGGGAGAAGAGGAAAAAGCGGGUUUCCGAAAAUUCCUUACUCAUUACAUUCGUAACAAAUUUUCUCUCGAGUCUACGAGAAACGUCGUAACAGGGAAACACACAAAUCUGUCAACCUCUGCGCCGAUUAAAAACUUCCAUAAACCGUAAAGUUUACGGGUCACGUCGUUCGACGAAUAAAACUAGUUGGCAUGCGUCUAGAUAUAUUAUAGAAUCAAUCUUCACUAUUCCGACUUAUACGAAUUGUGGUAUAAAAAACUUUUCUUUUUUUUUACACGAAUUUCAUUUACUUAUACUCAAAAACAUUGAAAGUCAGUAAAACAGUAAAAAUAAGUCUGAAUAUUUUUUAGCAUUGCAUUAAUUUAAGAACUAUAAGAUUUUCGAUUUAUUAGUGUCCGAAUUAGACAAUGCAUUUCGGCCAUUCACAGGGACAUUCACAGUAGAGCGAGUAGUUCUUUUUAAACGAAUUCAAUAUUGAGGUAUUGCUUAUGAUGUAUCGAAUCGGGUAAGAAUCGUCGCCAUUUGGGUAUCUGUUGUAGCGGAUACUUUUAUUUUUUCUUAAUUUCUUUGUCCGAAAUUGUGGUUGACAUUUGUUUCUUUUUUCUUUUUUUUUUGUUUUCUUUUUUUAGAAAAUAGAUAAAUGUUUUACUUGAACAGAACUUGACUAACUUCGAAAAUUGUAUCGAAAUAUGAAAUAUGAAAUAUUUCGCUUUAAAGAAAGUCAACACAUAAAACAAACGUAGCCCUUUUUUUGUCAGUUUUAAUUGCCUUCCGUCACAGUCACAAGCUUGUAUGUAGAAAAAUGAAAUUCUCACUUUUUGUUAAAAAGUUUAAUAUCUGAAAAAAAAGGAAAAAUGUUAAAAGUAUACAGAUUCCUCCUUACGUGUAAAAGUUUAAAUGAUUAACUCAAACGUGCCAUUGUUGCUUUGAUUUAUUUUUUCACGGGUUUCUCUCAGUCAAUUCCUUUUAAAAUUUUAAAAUAAAUAAUUAAAAUCAUUAUGGUGAGAAACCAAAAUGCAACUACGUAGUUCAAGUAGCGCAGAAAAUUUUGUAGUUGAGACCACCUUUAGCAUCAAUUUUCAUUACAAUAUGUAUGAAAAUUAGACCUUGUCACCAUAGCAUGUGAUUAAGCUCAAAAAACGGUAUAAUCACAUUUAACUAUGGUCCAAUUCAACCCAAUGUGACCUUGGGACAAAAUAUGUCAGAUGGACAGACGGACGGAUAUACGUGCUUAAACCUAUCCGUGUAAUAUAAGAUGGGUAUAAUUGAGGUCCUUGUGGAUGUUGCAUAAAUCUGUGCAGAUAUAUCCUUACCUAUCCUACGCUAAUAAACUGUUAGGAGAAACGGUUCAAGUUUAUUUCAAUGGAAAUUUUUUUUUUUUCUAACAGUUUAUACUGCGUAGUGGGAUACGCGAAACGCGUAAAUGUAUAAUUGACUUUUUAGCAAUGAAAGGAAUGUUCUUUUGUUUUGCUAGUGCACUGGUUCGCUAUUGUAUUUCUUUGUAAUUUCAUAUCCGUUAUCGAUAUAUUGUUAUCUUUCUAUGCAGAAUUUUAAUGAUAUUCAAAACUCCAACAAGAAAAGGAACGGAUUAACGUAAAUGAUCCAAAUGUUAUAUUGAAUGAGAUUAUGGGUUUGAUAAGAUCGUUCAUAGCGAGACUGCAUGUUGAUGAGCGUUUUAAUAUUAACGCAAAGGUGUCGCGUUUAAAUGAACUUUUAUAAUAUUUUUAUUCAUUUUGUUUCGAUUGCUAUCUAUUCACAACCUCUUUGCCAGAAACUGUAUAGUGUUUUGUGUGUUUAUGCAAUUUAUUUUAUCCAAUAAGAUCUCCUCUGAAGAAUAGCAAAGCAAAUUGGGUGAACAUGUUUCGUACAAUGCAACAACGGUUUUAGAUUUUUGCGGCACUAAAAAUGCAUUGAACGCAAUAUUUUUUUAUUUUUACAAUUUUAUAUAUAUGUUAUUUGUAUGGAAGGGGAGCAGAGAAAGGAUAUGGGAAACUUUGCUCGUUAAAAUGUUAAUAAAUUCAUAAUAAAUACCAGUUUCUCCUAUAAGAUAUAUGCACAUUAUUCUCUUCUAUCUCGCGUUGAGUAAAAACAUUGAAUACAUUUUUAAUUAUUCUUGCUUUGACCAUUUAAAACAAAAAACAAAAAACAAA